AAAUUUUUGAAAAAAUUAACCAGCUUUACAAUCAACAGAACCCAUGCCCACAAUCACCCGAAACACUGAAGUGAUGCAGAAAAGAAUUCGGAAGAAAAAUGCUGUGAAUGCAUUCUUUAUAAAGGAUGGUAAUAGUACAAUGACACCUGGAAAAAACAAACAAUAACUAGAAACAAGAACAACUCUGAAGACCAUCAAAGGAAACUUUAAAAAAAUAAUCAGGAACCCACUUGAUAUUCUUCUGACAUGUUAUGGAAUAUUCUUCUUACAUUGAAUUAUUAGAAGACAAAACACCUGAAUUGAGUUGCUCUCUUGUAGAAAUAAAAGAAAAUGUCUGCCCAAAAAACACGAACCCAUGUAACUACAAGUUAUCCAUCAAUGAUAUAAAUAACUAUGAUAACUUGAAUGACAAAUUCUUUGGAUUUGAUACACCCUCAAAAAGUAAAUUGAAUGAUAUUAAAAGUUUAAUAGAGAAGAUUGAGGGGGAAAUAAUUUAUGAUGUAUUAGAAAAAGAUGUUAUAGAUGGUAUAGAGUUUUUAUCCUUUGCAUCAGAGCAAGAGCUCACGGAUUACACAAAUACUCAAAUGCAAGAUUUUCGUGCAAAUGCCUCUGAUGACGGUUUAGAAAUCCUUGAUGAUGGAACAUUUUCCAAUAUAAGUUCCAACCAUGCAAUAGUUCCAACCAAAACUCAAGAUAUUACACGGAUCAAAGGAUGGAGAAACAAACAUUUUGCCGGUAUAAAUAUUAUCGAGGACUCAAGAAAUUCGUUUAGAAAUGAUGAUGAUGGUUUCGGUGAUGACAUAGAGAUGAAAGUUCAAGAUGAAAGUUCGGAAGAAGUAGAAUCAGUUGGUUAUGAAGCUUCAAUUGCAUCUAAAAACGAUUUUGAAGGUGAUCCAACAACAGAUGUUGAUCUGUUUAGGCGAAUAGAUUCACCUGUCAUUGAAGACUCUAAUGCUGUUGAUAAUGCCGAGGUUUUCAACUUAAACAAAUCUCCAAAAAGAUUAACCAAUGACUUGGGCAGUUCUUCAAGCAAAAUAUCUGUUCCAAGUAAUGUUUUAGACUUCUCAUUUGACAACCUCGGUAUUAGAGAAACGUUAACACCUGAUAAAACGUCAAACAUAACAGAAAAUUAUAAUCUAGGAUUAGCAAAAAAAGGUACACAUUUUAUUUUGCCACUGACUUCUCAAGACAGACAACCGUUUUCUCUAGAAAGUAAGUCAGUUUACCAACCAAGGGUUAAAACCGACUUUAUUGAUAUGAUUGCAAGAAAAGUGAAUGCUGACUUCUCUCAUGAAGAAAAAACAUUACCUUCUGUAUCUCUUAAUAAAGUAGAAAAAGAGAUAAGAUGGCGUGUUUCUAAGGAAAAACUCCUCUCAGGAAACAUAUAUGAUAUCGAGCUUUCAACUAAUAUUGAUCAUAAUCCACCAGAUUGUGACCUGGCACAAUACAGCGAUUCUAAAGAAGUGUUUGCACCUGGAACCUCUAAAAGUGAAUUUCCAAAAAAGGGUUCCAUCAUUAAUUGUACAGAUGUAAAGCUAAGUAAUCCCAAUAUUUCGGCAUUCCAAAGUACUACUCUAGAUCAGUACACAACUAAUCUUGGAAAACUUCACAUUGAUUUUCCAAUUCCUAAUUUGCAAGCUGCUGAUAACGUUACUCAUGAAGAAAUUAUUUUGCCUGUCCUAGGAAGUACAGUCACAGUUCAAGAAAGACUAAAACCUAAACAGGUCGAUAAAAUUAGAGCCAAAACAGUUGCUGAAAAGAGAAAGCUGUUGACUGAACUAUCUUUCAAUCAACGUUCCAAAAGGCAACAAAAGGUUUCAUUUAAAAUUAGGGCAAAAAAUGAAAUUACUGAUACUAAACAGAUAAAACCUUUAAGAGAAGAAAUUAAAAAACACAAACGAGAUAAAAAGUUUAGUGAGCAACGCCAACCUCUUUCUAAAAAAUCGGGAACUUCCAAAUCAUUGUUUGACACACAAGGUGUUAUAACAUAUGGUAAAGAGAAGCCAUUAAAAUCUGUAUUUCGCAAACGUUUGAUAGCAUACCAAAAAUCAUUGUUGCCAUCUGAUUUUGAAAUCGGCAACAGCUUACCAAGUAGUUCCAAAAUUGGUAUGAUUCUGAACAUAGGAAUGUCUAGACCAUUAUUUAGAGAAACCAGUGACAAUGUUAAAAGGUUUGCAUUAGAUGGAGAAGGAAAUAUAACAAAGGAAUACGCCUUAUUUUCUGCAUGUGCUGUACAAGACCCUCAAUCCCAGUUUACUGUUAAACGUAUCUUAGUUCCUGUGGUUGAUAAAACUUUACAAGAAAUAAUGUCUACUUCAAAAAACACCAGACAAAUUCCUGAAAAUACAACGAUAUCAAAUAAAAAUGGGAAUGGAAACCCCCUGUUGGAUAUAAACCUUUUGGGUACAACUGUAGAACUGUCUGAAGAAACAAAAGCCGUUGGAAUACAACAUGAAACAAAUAAUGAUGUGUUGGAGAUUGUCAAUAAUAUGAUCAGGUAUGUUGAUCACAAAGAGCUAUUUGAAAAUGUCUGUUACAAUUAUGACCCUGAUGUCCCAGCAUCUUAUGAACAAAAAUGUGUUGAAUCACCCUCUCUGGAAACAAGUCACAAAAGGAAAAAAACUAGGCUGCAAAUACAAAUUGAAAAACUCGGAGGAACUUUCAUUUCUGUUCAAGGAGAAGAAGGGAAUGAAGAAAACCUGGACAUGUUGGAAAAAGAGAAAAAUUGUGUUAAAGAUUCUUGCACUAUGGGCUGUGUUUGUCCUUAUAGGACAAUGAGAGUUGAACAUUGUGGGAAAGAGAGCUGUAUGUUUUCCUGUCAAUGUCCCUCUUUUUCAAGAAAACAAGGGUUGGAAAUAAAAUCUAAAACAUGGCUUCUUCCUGAAGUUUUAAGACAUCAUAAUCUCUCUCAAUCAAAACUCGCUCCUGUAGAAAGAGAAUAUCAUCAAACAGUUAUAAUGUCAAAGGACAAAAGAAUAACUAUCGAAACCAAGCACAAUAAAAGAAAAAGAAAACUACCUUCAAAGUACAAAGAUGAAAUACUUUUUGACUUCAGAAAAGACAUAGACGAUGAUACUUUCAUAGUAGGUGGUGUAAACGAAAAAGAAACCAAGCAAAACUGUAAUGAAUACAAAGAAUUACCAAAAAGCCCAAAAAAGCACCUUUCAAGACCAGUUAUUCAAUCUCUGGACUCAUUUUUGAAGGAAUCCACUUUUGCAUGUAAAAGUGCAUUUAAGUUGAGCUAUGUGCAAAUUGAAAGCAGUCAAAUUAUAAAUCAAAUGGCUGUAGAUGGCAAACUAUCCCCUACUGCUCUUCAAUACAACAAGAUUUACAAUCAUUUAAAAAAAAGUAACUAUGCUGAGCCAAAAUCCAGAAAUGUUGCUAGAAAAAAGACAGGAUACUCCAUCAAACAACACUUUAAUGUUCAGGACUUCUGUUCAAGAACUUAUGGGGUUGCUGAAGAUUAUGUUUUAAGAAAUCAUUUGGGAAAAAUUAGAACAAAGAACUUCAUGCUAUAUCCUUCUUAUCAAGAAAAGUCUUUUUCACUUUUUACUCAACCUACAUUAGAUAAUAACGAGAGAAUCGUGAAGGAAGACCUUGUGGAAAACACGUCAGCAGAUUUUGAAACUGAAAAUGAAAUUGAGGAAAAGAACCCGAACGAAGAAGAGCGGGGUCUACAGAUCGAAUUUGUGCAUUCGAUACCACCACAUUUAUUUGAGGAGCAGGAACAGAGUGUUGAGAUGGAGAAGACUGAUGGAUCUAGUCCAAUAUGUGAGAUAGUGCCAUCUAAGUUGCCUAACAGCAUCCUCAAUUGUGUUAAUGACAUGGAAAACAAUACCGUUAUUGGUAGACAAGAUCAGUUUUUUUACACUGCACUACCAAAGACUGAAAAUGAAUGUAAGUGGUGGGUUGUUGAGUUGGACUAUACCAAGUUUACAGAUUUAAUUUACUACUCAGAAAAAAGAGCAUUAUCAGUUGCACACAUCAAAAAAGCCAUAUUUGAUUCACAAUUCACAAAUACAACAAUUAAAAUUGUCUUAAAGAAUUCUGGAAGCAGUUUUAAAGAUAUAUUUGGAGCCUACUUUGUAGGAGGAUUCCACCAUCUCAUAUUUUUUGGACCAUAUGAACUGUCUGAAGCACAUGGAAUUACAGCAAUAAGACAUAUAGAUGAAGAAUUUUUUCAGGUACCAUUCAUAAGUAAAAACUCCAAGAGUGAGCCUUUUAAACCAUUAGGUGUAAACACGUCCCCGAUGAAUGAAGAAAAUAGUCAAUCCGUUUUGAAUGCAGUUAAUGCAGUUUGGUUGUACAGCACAAGUAAUAAGGGAACAAUGAAAAAUACCGUUGAAAGUAGAAGUGUUCAAAAAACAAUUUUCAAUGUAACGACAGAUAAUAAUAAAAACUAUGGUUUGCCAGAAAGAGACAUUCCAACAAAUGAAAGUGAAAAUUACAUGGACAGAACAGAUGAUGGUGACAUGGUCAGAGGGUUUGAGGACGAUAUAACUAUAGAACAGGACCCUUUAAAAAUUGAACCUUUGGACUAUUUUGAAGAAAGUAUACCAUAUAGUUCAAAUGGUGAAAAUUGUACAGAUACUUAUAGCAAGGAAAAUGACGAUUGUUACAUGCAUGCCACCAAAAACUUUCACAAUGGAAGUACUGAUAUUAUAAGAACCGAAAGUGAAUCUGUUGAAGUUUUAGAAAACCCUGUUGAAGUCCCAAGUAAAACUCAAGCUAUUUCAUCAACUAGUAGGCCUAAACUUUCUUUUUGGGGAAAAGUGGCUAAAAUGAAAACUUCGCCAUUUAAUAAAAGUAAAACUUCUCCUGUCACAAAUAAAAGAAUACAAAAUACAUCAUUAACAGCAAAAGAAAAACAUCAAAAGCAAGAUUUGAAUAUGAAUGCUGAACCCCUUAUUUCAUUACGGAAAAGGAUUGAAAGUUUAAAAAAUAUUCAAGAGGCAGCUGUCUCUAAAAAUAUAAAAUCGAAGGAAGAAUUUGGCGCUGAUAAUACAUCUGAUAUGUAUAUUGACAAUACAUCUCUGUGUGAUGGGGAUGUGAACAUUGAAAGUCUUGAAGAGACAAGCAGUUCUCUGCCAGCAACAUCGCCUACCCCUAUGUUAAAGAGAAGAAGGAUUACCCAUAAACCCCCAAAACAAGCUCCAAUUUUUAAAGAGCCAACCCAGAGUGCACUACCUAUGGGCCUGGUUCAGAAAGAAAUCACCAACGGCCCUUGUCCUGAGAAGGCUCUGCUGUGUCUGACCCCCGGCAUCGGGUAUAUCCCCGUCAUCCAGUUUGAUCCAAGAGGUGGCCAUAUAGUGAUUGAAGAUCCUUCCAACCCCAAAUUGGAGCACCAUUUCCAAAAGAAAAGUCUAGCAAUCAAGUGGCUCAACCAAUUUUUUAAGAACCUAUUUGUCUUUGAUCCUCCUGAGUUUGAAAUGCAGUGGUUGAUAAUGCAGGGUUCCAUCAUUCGUAAACUCUUGCCUUUAAAUAGAGAUAUAUUCAAAUUCAACAAUAGGUCUUUGACCAUAAGGCCUACUGGCCUCCAAAUGAAGCAAAUCAGUGGGGCUAAUCAGGUUGAUUUGGAACAUCAAGCAUUGUCAUCUCCAGAGAAAAAAAUAAUAGGUCGUAGCACAUUGAUCAGAAGGAAUCGGCAAGCCUGCCUAGAAUCUGUGCAUCACAACAAAAUGAAAAAAUUACUUGAGUGUGACGAACAAUUGGAUAACAUGAUAGAGAAUCCUAACCGGUCAGGGAACCAUCAUCUGAACCAAAUCGCAGGACCUAGUGGCCUCCAAAAGAAGCAGAAUGAUGAUCAGAGUGAUCUGGAUUACCAAGAGACGUCUAUAUCUAAAAGAAGAAGAAGAAAUGGUCGCAAAUCAAGAAUACUCAAGAAAAUGCACGAAAACAAAUCCUUGAUGCAUAACGAAAUGGAGAAAUUGCGACGGUCUGAAUUGGCUGAACUAAUGAAUAAUUUGGGAAUGUUGGUUUAUCCGACAGAUUCCCCCAUAAAAGUUGCCAAAGUCGGUGUAUUGAACCAAGCUAAACUGAUAUGCAUGGCUCAAAAAAACAUUGAAGAACAAUUGCUGAAAGAAGUUAAGGCGUUAAAGAAAAUGAGAGACACUCUAAAUCAAAAGUUGAAAAAUAUAUUUGCAGAUAUUUGGGAUCCUGAAGAAAAGAAGAAAGCUCUUGGGAUCUGCAAGUACAUACGAUGUAAAGAAUACACAGUUCAGGACAAGAAUGAAAAAUAUCUGUCCGACAUGAAAAUAAGAGAAAUCGAACAUACAAAAACUCUUCCUGGCAAUUCCAAAUAUAUGCAUCAAAUUUUCAAAGAAAAAUAUUGGAAUCAAGGUUCAAGGCCAUCAUCACAGUUGUCAAUGAGCAGCAGUAGUGGAAGUUGUAGUGGAAGUAUGAACAGUAUAGACACAACUUCACCUGAAGUCAACAAACAGCACAAGCCUUCUGUCAAUAAGAAGCCGACAGAAGGUGUGUUGGUCAAGUCCAAACUGCGCUCCAUUGCUGCCUCCAGACCACAUCUCAAGAUAUUCCCAGCUUCUUCAGACCCUGGAGAAGUACCGGUAAUUGACCUUAUUGAUGAUAAUGACAAUGAAGAGGAAACUAUUGUCCUUGAAUCAGAAGAAGAAGAAGUUAUUUGGCUUCCCCCGACAAAAGAGCAGUCUGAAAAUUCAGAUGAUGAUAUCGAAAUACUAUCAUCAAACUUUAAGCCAAAGAGACCUAUGUUAAUAUUUCCUAAACCAAAAAGGAAUCCUCAGCGGCGGUCUCUUCUACAAAAACGCACAAGUUUAUUGAACGAAGAAACUUCAGCGACUACUUCUAGUUCUCCUUGUGAGGCACAAAGUCCAGCCCCUGUGGCCUUGGUCCUGUCACCGGCCGUUAUGGAGCAACAUCGACUGGCAAAUGAAACAGAAUUUGUUGCAGUUGACGAGUGUGAUUACGAACCGUUGUUUAGUGAGUUCAAAAGUGGCUGUAGCAGAACAGAUCCUGUCCCUGAGAAGUAUCUUUCCAAUCGUAGACUGGCCAGCAAACAGUUUAUUCCGAUCCAACAAACUUCCCUUUCCAAACCAAUCAGCCUAAUACCUUCACUACAACUCAGCAACACAAGUACUGCCCCUAAACCAGUUCCAAUACAGCCUAAACCGAUUCCAAUAAAGAAAUUGGCUACCCUACUUUCUCCUGGCGGUUUAACAAGUUUAAAACCUAGGGGAGAAGUUCUAGUGACACAACGAGGAACACGCAUUCAACUCUCAAAGAUGCCCAAACCCGUACCUCAUGUGACUCCGUUAAGUGCAACACCGGUAACAAUAACUGGAACGAGUAGUGUGAGUGCCUGUGAAACAGCAUCCUCAGAUACAACAGAGUUAAUAACUCUGCACCACCCUUCUCUCGAGGGAGUGAGUCAAACAAGAGCUGCCAGGUUUGAAAACUUGAACAGUGUACAGUUGGUUAUGCCCUCCCCAUUGUUAAAAUGUGGCCCAAAAAUGUGGAAACCUAAAGAUGACGGUAUCCCGCCCCAAGGGAUCAAAGUUAUGUACCCUAAAAGAAAGUAAAAUAUUUGUUGUUACCUACAAUGAAUCCGAUAGGGAUUUUACUACGGGCUGUGAUUUUAGUUUAUGUUCCUUAAGGAUAAUAUAGGCCUUUAAUUCAUACUUCAGUGUAAAAGUAUUUCAAGCAGCCUUUUGCUCAAUUGUGUUUUGGGUACUAAUCUUAUAUGUGUCAAGCAUAUGUUAUUUAAGACUUUAUGUGAAGAAUCCAUAGUUUUUAAGUAUAGGAACAAGCAAAAAACUUGUUUCUCACGAUACAACUUCAAAUGAUUUUUUAUGAAUAUGACAUUUAAAUUCAUAACUAAUGUGCUACAAUUCUAUAACGUUUUGAUGAUUUUGUAAGAAUUCAAACUUGUGGUUCUUCUUCUUUAUUUAAAACAAUUAGGUAAACAUAAUAUGUAACAUUUGAUAUAGAUAAAACUUUAGUUUGAUAAAAUUAUCUCUUUUGAAGCUACUUUACUUUAGUUUUUAACAAAAGUGCCUUUUUUAUGAACUUUGUGGUCAUUGUAUCAGAUUGAUAUUACAAAUUAUUUAGUUAAUUUAUACCAAAUACAGAUUAAAUAAUUUUUCUUAUGCCUUUGACAAAUGAUGAUACUGGUAUAUUUGCGAACAUGGGAAAUUUUUUUAAAAAUAAUUCUACACCAUACAAUAUUUCCAUGUUUUCACUGUAUUUAACAACUGUAAUGCUUAAUUUAAUCUUUGACACAUUUUUAUAUAUACAGGGUGACCCGUGAGUAUACUACGGUCAAACUUGAAUAAAUGGUUUCAGUUCAGAAAGAUUGAAUAUUAGCUGAAAUAUUACGAUUUUUAGUUAAAUGUAAGGAGAAUAAGGUGAAACCUGACUAACCCAUGCUGCCAUUUUGAGUUGGGCCAAGUUCAUUUUUACUUUCUCUCCUAUACAGUAUAAUUGAGAGAAAGUAUUGUUUUCAAACAAAAGUUGAGUUUUAGGUCCCCUUGAGCCCAACACAGUGGUUUUCAAAGUGAAUUCUAUGUGUGUGUGGAUGUGUACACAGAUCACACCUAUGAUCCAAGAAUCCACGGUAUCUCCAGGCGUUUUAUUUUUAUUUUAUUUUAAUGGCAAUUUUCCUAUAAAAUAAAAUAAAAAUUGGAUUUUUUUAUAAAACGCUCCAAACGAUUUUGAUUUAAAGUAGUAUGUAAUUCCAAAAACAACCCCAUUGCUGUACAAAUUACAGUUCAAAAUACCAAGGAAAUAAUAAAAACAUGUUUCAUUGUAUCUCUAUUUUCUAUGAUAAUAGUUGCUAUGAUAAUUAUGCUGAGUUUGCUCAAUUUGAUGGUUAAUGUUUUUUUGUCCAUAUUAUUGCAGAAAACCGCUGUGUGCUGUAUCUUGCUGUUUGUGUAUGUUACCAACCCAUACAGUAUUUAUAUUUAUUUAACUUGAGAAAAAAAAUAUACAAAAAAUUUGAAAUUUUACUUAUAAAAGGUAAAACUGGUUUAACAUGAAUAGGUCAAUAAUCAUACAUAGCAUGGUCUAAUUCGUAUGAAUUUCCACUUUCCACUAAAGGUAGUAAGUAAAGAUUAUGUUAAAAUAUUAUUUAUUCAUCAAGUGUUUUGAGGUAUAUUAAUUUUAGGAUUACUUUAUGGUUACUUUGUACUGUGUUUACAAAAUAGUUUAGUGAGUUAAGCUCCUUGCUAAUUUAAUUUAUUUUACUUUCAUUUUGCACAGUACUGUUAGAUACACAAAGAAAUUAAGUUUUUGAACAUCUCAUCCCUGUGACUUUAUUAUGGAACGAGCAUUUUAUUAUUUUUAUCCACAGAUAAGUUUAGUUUGAUGUAUGAAGAA